CCGUUUAUAUGAACGAAUUCAUUGGGCAUGGACUUGAGAAUUACGCCGGACCCAAAUUUAUAUUUGCCCACGGAUGAAGCCGCCCCCGGUGAUUGGAAAUCCGAAACAACGUCUAUUGCAUCGAACAUUCAUGCAGGGCUAAUACAAAAUGGUCGAAGAUACCAAUCUCUCAGUGAACAAGCCUAUCCUGUUCCUGCCGACGAGCAAAUGUUUGAGGCUUAUGAAUCAUAUCACCUGAUGCUCAUGACCCUUGAUUCUCAUAAAAAAAACCCAUUGUUCCAUGCACCAGUUGAUAAACCAAAGGUGUGUCGCAUGCCAUCCACUCUCAUCACCCUUACUCAGACCCAACAGCAUAUUCUUGACAUUGGAACCGGGAAUGGCACAUGGGCCAUCGAUGUUGCCGAUUUAUUCCCAGAUACGACGGUUCGCGGGGUGGACCUCUUCCCGCCUCCAGUCACCUGGAUCCCGCCCAACUGCAUUCUGGAAGUCGACGACAUUCUUCAAAAUUGGACCUGGCGCGAUCCCUUUGAUUUAAUUCACCUUCGAGGACUCGAUAGUGCAUUCACCCCAGAACAAACAGACCGCUUAUAUAAACAAUGCUACGAUCAUUCGGCACCGGGCGGAUGGAUCGAACAAUUCGAAGUCAGCUGCAUUAUCGAAUGCGAUGACAACAGUAUGGCCGAAAAUAGUGUUCUCCGCGUUUGGGGCCCCAAUUUAAGCAAGGCAGCUGCAAAAUCAGGCCGAAAGGCUGGAACUGUGCACACCAUGCAGGAAUCAAUUAAGAAAGCCGGGUUUACGGAUGUCCAUAUCAAGGACUACAAAGUACCGAUCGGUCCCUGGCCCCGAGAUAAACAGCUGAAGGAAGUUGGUACUGCCAGUUUUCGUCACUUGUCAGAAGGGAUGGAAGGGUAUUGCAUGUGGCUUUUGACCAACUUUGGGGAGCCGGCGCCUUGGUCAAUGAAUGAAGUUAUUGUUUUUGUGGCGGAAUUGCGGAAUGCAUUAUUGGAUCCGCGGAAUCACUGCUAUCAUCGAGCGAGGAGGAUAUGGGCGAGAAAACCGGGGGGUCCCGCUGAGCCGAGAAUCAAAACUGAACCUUCACCUUGA